CGCCGCCGUUUCCGCCCGCAGCCAGCUCCACCUCUGCCGGCCCGCCCUCGGCUCCCCUACCGCGCCGAGGAGCGAGCCCGGUAACCCCGCACUGGCGGGCACCGAGCGGGAGCCCCCCUCAGGCGCAGCCGGACGCCUCGAUGCCGCAGCGGAGCAGGGUUCCAAGUCUGAGGAAGACAUAACGUUGUGCCUGCCUGCUAGUCUCUCAGGUCAGAUACGCUGACCUUCAUUGCUCAGCUAAGGGCUCCGAGGACUCUAGACACAUCCAGCUGAGUGAAUCUAGAGUGUUGUUACACCUGAGGGGAUUGAGGAGUGGACGGUCAAGGCACAGAGCAAGAGCCCUCUGGGGCCUCAGGCAGAGGAGUGAAACUGGAACCAUCAGGGAACAUGAGUGAAUUUUGGCACAAACUGGGCUGCUGCGUGGUAGAGAAACCCCAGCCGAAGAAGAAGAGGAGGCGAAUUGACCGGACCAUGAUUGGGGAACCAAUGAAUUUUGUCCACCUGACUCAUAUUGGCUCUGGGGAGAUGGGGGCUGGAGAUGGACUUGCCAUGACAGGUGCAGUUCAGGAGCAGAUGAGAUCCAAGGGAAACCGAGACAGGCCAUGGAGCAAUUCUAGGGGCUUGUAGCUCCAACAGGACUGGUUCUGCUGUCUGUAACCCCUACUCUGUCCAGCCCAGAAGAGAUGCUGCCCCCACCAGAUGCUUCCUACAACCAGUGUCCCCAGGGCCUCUCUUUCCCCUAUUCACCUAAUAGUGCCUCAAAAGGCUUGGGGGCUGGACUCCCCCUACUCCCUCUGGCUAGAGCCCCUCCUGGAGAUGGGGUCAAGGCAGCAGGACUGACCAAUGACUACUGGUUGGCCAGAGGAGCUCAGCUGAAGCCCUGGACACUCUCAGAUCUGAGAUAGGAGUUUUCUGGGAACCUGGAAUGAGUUCCCCUCUCCUGAAUGAUGGUCUAGGUGCCAUUUGUUCUUAAAGUCUUCACCUGGAACUCCUUAAAUGGGGCAGGUGGGCGAGAUUACCAAAGCUGAAGCCAGCUUUGCUGAGAAGCUCCCUACCUCCCUGCCCUUCUCCUCCUUCCUCUUGGAAUGAACUGAAGCAGACGUCAAGCAGGGGCUGGGAGGGUGACCACUGCCUAGUCUACUCUGUAGAUCUCAGACCUUAAGCUCACAGUCCCUCAAUAUUUCUCUGCCAGUUCCAGGGUCUUUCUCUAGUUAGGCCUCUAACUCCGUGUUUCUGUAGCAUUGAUAGCUUCCCAACAUCUUUCCUUUUUUUUUUUUAAAUUAAUUAAAAAUUUUAUUUAAGAUGAGUUCUGUUAAUUACCCCCAUCCUGCUACUACCUCUACCCUUAACCCUAUCCCUUUUAGGAACCUUAUUGUUUCCCACUGAAUAAGAGUUAAAAUAAGAGGUGGAUCUUAACCUAAUGACAUUCCAUUUAAGUCUUGGGGACCUGGCCUGCCCUCUGCCAACCUCCCUGCUGGCCCAGGUGAGAGAAGGAAGAGGGAUCUAGAGAGAAACUCAGAAUGCAGCAAAACUAGGAGUUAUGUCUCAGGGUGGACUUCCUGACCAUUGAGGAUGGCAGAGGUAGUGAGAUAAAUAGAUUGAAAACAAUCAUCUGUGAGUUUAGGGAUCUGAAGAUCCUCACAGCAUGGGAGCAGGGCAAACUGUAGAGCAAGGCUUCUCAACUUAGGCACUUUGGACAUUUUGGGCUGGAUAAUUGUGGAGUGGGGGGCUGUCCUGUGCAUUGUACAGUUUUUAGCAGCAUCCCUGGCCCACCCUAGUUAUAACAACAAAAAAUGUCUCCAGACAUUGCCAAAUGUCUCCUAAGAGGCAAGAUCACCCCCAGUUGAGAGCCAUUGCUCUAGAGUCAAGAUAUUUUUCUCUUAAGUGAUUUCCACCUCCUCCCCACCCUCAUCCUGUUAUUCAUCAUAAGUCUGAGCCAUGGAUGAACUAGGCCCCCUCAUAAAGUAGGCUCAAUAGGGCUGCACAUAAUCUCCAAACAGUUCUUUAUUCAGUGUGUUGCUCGUGCUUGGAUGGGUUCAUGUCUCUGUGUUGGAUGUGCACUGUGCUUCUCCAUUCUUGUUCUCUGGAGGAGGGGUUCCUGUAGUGUGGAGGCAUGAACAGGGUAUGGUGGGAUCAGGGAAGGGAGGAACAGAAAAGCAGUAGAGCCGCAGACACGCCAGCUUAUCCUUCCCAAAUUUUAAGCUCUAUUUCUGUGCGCUAGUCCUAGAACCAGACACAAAAAAGACUCAGGGAGUUUUGUCUGAAGACCAGGUUGCAUUCCCCGCCCGUCUGAAGAGUCUGCUUUAGGUGGGAAAGUAAUGCAGGAGCAGGGUCUUUAGGCACUUUCAGUUUUCUCAGGUGUUUUUGUUCUAGCCCCUUCCUUGCAGGGUGAUUAGGAAGGGAGAACAGGACAGAUGAGCUCCUUCCUGCUCUGAGAUGAACAGGCGGGGUCUCAUUAGCUUGGUAACAGGAAGCAAGCAUCCUGUUUGAUGACAGUGGGGGUCAGGAAUUUGGGAACUAGGAUCUACUCUGCUAAUUCCACCAUCCAGUUUGCCCCCACCUCCAGUGACUGAAGUUCUAAUUUUUUCAAAUUUCAGUGUUUUUCCUGCGGUUUUCAAGGUCUAAGAUUGGUCAUGCAGAGCCAUUCCCAAUCUACUCUCAGUUCCAGUCCAGCUAGUUGCUCUGAAAGUAGUGCAUCUUUUUGCCCUAAAGUAGUUCAAUAGCUUGAGGGUUAUGCUAGAUCUGAUCUGAAGGGUUAACAGGAUAGGGGGGAAAGAUGGGGGGGAGUCCUGGAAUCUCUGGUCACCUUGAUCUUCAGCCUUAUUCUAAUGCCUAUUCUUUGGACACAAUCUUCUUUUCUUUGGUGCUCUCUUGCCUUUAGCUACUUUCUCUACUGUGUAUGCUACCAUCACUUUUACAACAUUUAGAGUGGUGGGAAUGGGUUUGAGAGUCAUAAUUUAUAUUAAAAAUUUGUUGGACUUUUAAAUACAUUUUUCAAAUAAAAAAACUUUAAGCAAAAUA